AUGUUGAGGGCUAGCAGUAGGGCAAAGACAUCGCUCAUCGGGUACAGCGCGCGGAUGAUGCAUUACAGAGUAGAGACGGACACUUUCGGCGAGAUCAAGGUACCCGCGGACAAGUACUGGGGCGCGCAGACGCAGCGGUCGUUCCAGAACUUCAAGAUCGGCGGCGCGCGCGAGCGCAUGCCGGAGCCCAUCGUGAGGGCGUUCGGUGUGCUGAAGAAGUCAGCCGCCAUAGUCAACGAGAAGCUCGGGACGCUAGACAGCGAGAUCGCGGGGCCCAUCCAGCAGGCCGCUGACGAGGUCGCCAAGGGCAAGCUCAACGACCACUUCCCCUUGGUGGUGUUCCAGACCGGGUCAGGCACGCAGUCUAACAUGAACGCCAACGAGGUCAUCUCCAACAGGGCGAUUGAGCUGAUCGGCGGCGAGCUCGGCUCCAAGAAGAUCCACCCAAACAACCACUGCAAUCAGGCGCAGUCCUCCAACGACACUUUCCCCUCGGUGAUGCACAUCGCCGCGGUCACGGAGAUCACCAACUCCCUCUUGCCGGAGAUCACCCAGCUGAAGGACGCCCUCCACAAGAAGGCCGAGGAGUUCCAGGACAUCGUCAAGAUCGGCAGAACACACCUGCAGGACGCCACACCGCUGACCCUCGGACAGGAAUUCAGCGGCUACGUCCAGCAGCUCGUCAACGGCAUCGCAAGAAUCGAGAACACCCUGCCACACCUGAAGUACCUCGCACAAGGUGGUACCGCUGUCGGCACAGGGCUGAACACGAAGGAGGGCUUCGACAAGCUGAUCGCCGAGCAGAUCUCCAAGGAAACGGGCAUCGACUUCAAAACCGCCCCUAACAAGUUCGAAGCUCUCGCAGCUCACGACGCGAUCGUCGAGGCCAGCGGUGCCCUGAACACCGUGGCUUGCUCUCUGUUCAAGAUCGCACAGGACAUCAGGUACCUGGGCUCCGGCCCUCGUUGCGGCUACGGUGAACUGCACUUGCCAGAGAACGAGCCAGGUUCCUCCAUCAUGCCUGGUAAGGUCAACCCAACACAGAACGAGGCCAUGACCCAGGUCUGUGUCCAGGUCAUGGGUAACAACGCAGCUGUGACCUUCGCGGGCGCCAACGGUCAGUUCGAACUGAACGUCUUCAAGCCGGUCAUGAUCUCAAACUUGUUGAGCUCCAUCAGAUUGCUGGCAGACGCUUGCCACUCCUUCAGAGUCCACUGUGUCGAAGGCAUCGAGGCAAACCGCGAGAAGAUCAACCACAACUUGCACAACUCAUUGAUGCUGGUCACCGCUCUGAACCCAAAGAUCGGCUACGACGCCGCCUCCAAGAUCGCAAAGAACGCUUUCAAGAAGAACAUCACCUUGAAAGAGUCCGCCUUGGAGUUGAAAUACUUGACCUCAGAAGAGUUCGACGAAUGGGUCAUUCCUGAAAACAUGGUUGGACCAACCAAGUAA